AUGCGCUCCUGGACCCCAUUGAUACUAUGCAGCUCGGUUGCGACUGCUGUGCUGUCGAGGAACGUCGAAGUCAGUGCACCUGAACGAGUUCCCAUUAGUGCUUCAAAGUCGAUUGAACAUGACUUCGCGUCAUUUUCAUUACCUUUCCAUUUCUUCCCAGACUAUACUGGCAACAGGAGUCAUCCGAAUUUGUUUUCUCGUGAUAUACUGGAUAUUUUCUUCGAGAGAACAGGGGCCCAUCCGCAUAUCCGCGUUGGCGGUACCUCCGGAGAUCGCACCAUUUACAAUGCCUCCCAAACACAGUCAAUCGUCUUAUCGAAAGAGUACGACAAUGGUAUUCCCAUUGAAGUAUCUAUAGGCAAAGUCUUCUUCGAAGGACUCGAUAAUUUUCCCGGAACUCCUUGGACUUUCCAAGUCAACCUUGCCAACAACAAGACCAAUGCGCUCGAGAACGCGCUUACCGAAGCAAAGAUUGCCCUCAGCCACAUCAAGAAAAACCUUGUUGCUUUUGAAAUUGGGAAUGAGCCUGAUCUCUACCCUGGUGAUGUUCGACCCUCAGAUUAUACCACUGCGGAUUAUGUCAAAGAGUGGAUUCACUACGCCAAUGCCAUCUCGAAGCAUGUUCUGCAAGACAACCCUUAUGGACUCGAUUCGUGGAAGCUAUUCCAAGCUUUGACUUUCGUGUACAAAAGGGACGGCUUUACUACGGCCGAUGCAUUCAAAGACGGCAUUGACAAGACAGGCCAUGUUAAGACAGUUUCGCACCACCAAUACGCCGCUGGAAACCCAGACUGGGUCAGGCUACAAAACUCUUUCAUGAACCACACCGCCAUCGUCGGGAAUUUAACGCAGUACAUUCCCGAUAUGGAAGCAACACAAGCAGCCGACCCGAGCAUCAAAUUUGUGCUUGGAGAGACAAACAGCGACUAUGUCAACCUAGGCAUGAACCAGGUGGAGGGUGUUUUCGGAAGUUCCCUCUGGUUGGUUGAUUUUCUUCUUUACGGAAUGAGUCUAAACAUUUCUCGUUUCAAUCUUAUCCAAGGCACAAAUUUCGGCUACACUGGCUGGGUUCCUGUACCCUACAAUGGCCAAGACCCGCACGUCUGCCCACCACUUUACGGCCAGAUCCUUGUCGCGGAUGUAAUUGGGCAUCAUCAUGAUGUGAAAAUCGCACCGGUUGAUCUAGGCCGUUGGGAUCUUUCAGCAUACGGAGUCUAUCAGUCGGGAAUUCUCAGCAAAUAUGUUGUGGUCAAUUUUGAUGAGUGGAAUUCAACCACGCAUUAUCCUCGCCCUUCUCAAAGGUUUGAGCUUCAUGUGCCAUCUGGUGUUCAUUCUGCGGAAGCAAAGAGAUUAGUUGGACCCGGUGCCAGUUCCACAUCUGAUAUAUCUUGGGGUGGAAUCAACUGGAACUGGACAGCCGAUGGUCGGCUUGGACAGCACGGGGCAGAGAAAGUUGAAAGACUACAUGUCCAGGGUAAGAAGUUGAUUCUAGAAGUUCCUUCAACUCAGGCAGUUGUCAUCGACUUGCUUCGAAAGGACUAG